CUUAAACAUAGAGCAUUACUACUACUGUUUCUUUCUAACAAUAUCAGCUUUAUUCGACUUACAUAAGUUGACACCCUUCAAGGCACAAUCUUAAAAAACGUGAUUCCGUCACGAAUGGACAUGUCGAAAUGUCCUUUGACUAAGAAGUAAUAGUCAUCAAUAGAAAAGACAAAAGUCCGUUGAUGAUAGAAAAGUGAUGCAUAUGAAUAGUAAAGUAUCACAAUAGUCCGGUAAAUAAAAGAAAAAGUCCGCUAAAUUAAGCGAAACGUGCGCUAAGAGGUAGGACGUGAAUAGAAAAUAUUACUUUUCGUUAAAUUUGAUAAUAUUUUGUCCGAGUAAUAAAGUCUCUUUAUUCUUCAGCGGACUUUUGCUAAAGUGGUCAUUUUCUGGAUCUAUGCCAGCCCUCAAAUCCUACAACAACCGCCUACACAUUCCAGAUAGAAUCUUCUCAGUAUUUCAGAAAUUCUUCUUCUCUCCGAAAAGAACUCUUUCCAGGAAUCUCAAAGAAUUCUCAUAAGAAUCGUUACCAAGUUCUUUUUUUUGUUGCCUAUGAAACUAGAAGAACCUUUCGCUUGUUUAGAGCAUGUUAGAGAAAGACAUUCUCGAAAGUUUUAUCAAGUUACCUUCGAAGAAGAAGAAUUUGCUAUUCAUAGAUAACGAUGAUAACGAUUCUUUUUCUCGUUCAUUGUAGUAAUUCCCAAUAUUCCAGUCGAUGCCCGAUGGGCACAGAAUGGUGUGACCGUUGCUGGAGGUCACGGAUAUGGCAGUGCCACCAAUCAACUUAAGCGUCCUUUUGGUCUCUUCGUUGAUGAUGAUCAAACGAUUGUCAUCGCUGACCGCUACAAUCAUCGUAUCAUCCAAUGGAAGAUGGAUGAUACGAAGGGACAAGUGGUAGCUGGUGACAAUGGCGCAGGAAGACGAUUGGAUCAAUUGAAUGUUCCAACCGAUGUGCUGAUUGACAAAGAGACUAAUAGCCUCAUUAUUUGUGAUCAAGACAAUCGACGAGUUGUGCGAUGGUCUCGUCGCAGUGGCACAACUGAAGGAGAAAUCCUCAUCGGCAAUAUCGAUCCUUGGGGAUUGACCAUGGAUGAUGAGAGAUAUCUUUACAUCUCUGACUACAAGAAACAUGAAAUAAGACGAUACCAAAUAGGAGACAAGAAUGGAACUCUCGCGACUGGUGGCAAUCGACUCAACUUUCCGACCUACAUCUUUGUCGAUCAACAACAGACUGUCUACGUGUCAGACAACGAGAAUCAUCGAGUGAUGCGUUGGCCUAAAGGAGCGAAACAAGGCACUGUCAUUGUGGGUGGAAAUGGUGAAGGAAAACGAGCAAAUCAGUUCAACUAUCCUGAUGAUUUGUCCUUCGAUCGACAAGGCAAUCUCUAUGUCGCCGAUUAUGGAAAUAAUCGUGUUCAACGAUUUUCAAUCGGAGGAACUCAUAACGAUGGAGUUUUUUAUUUCCUUUUAAAUAAACUCAAGUUGAAUUGA